AGGUAGGAGCCACCUCGGCAGCACCCCACCCUGCCGCUCACCGGCACCUGCUCUCUCCCAUUGCUCUCCAGGGGCCGCAGCCUGCUGCUGACACCCGGGGGAGCGGCCAGCGAGCGGGGUCUCGGGGCGCAGGCGGGGCUUGCAGGUUGGGGAGUGUUCAGACCGCCCUCCCGCGGCCACACGCACUGACAGGCGGAAGAUUGAGCAACCCGGAGGCACCAAGCCGCUGCUGCGCAACCGGGUUUCUGGUCGGUGACAUCGGAGACAAGCCCCAGCUAUUGCCCCAGCAGGGCGCGUGAGCCACCACCAUGCCUGCGCUGAAAGUCUGCAUCGUUGGCUCUGGAAACUGGGGGUCUGCGAUUGCAAAAAUUAUUGGCAAAAAUAUCCAGAAGUCCAACAGGUUUGAUCCUGUUGUGAAGAUGUGGGUGUUUGAAGAAAUCAUAAAUGGGAGGAAACUCACAGAAAUCAUAAACAAAGAGCAUGAAAAUGUGAAGUAUCUUCCAGGACAUACGUUACCUAAAAAUGUGGUGGCUGUAGCAGAUGUCGUUGAAGCAUCGGCUGGGGCAGAUGUUUUCAUCUUUGUUAUACCCCAUCAGUUCAUUACACGAAUUUGUGACCAGAUUGUUGGUCACAUAAAACCUGGAGCAUUUGGCAUUUCACUGAUCAAGGGGGUUGACGAGGGUGCCGAAGGCUUGAAGCUCAUCUCAGACAUCAUUCGGGAGAAACUGAAGAUAGAAGUCAGUGUGCUCAUGGGGGCCAAUAUAGCCAGUGAAGUGGCUGAUGAGAAGUUCUGUGAAACCACCAUUGGGUGCAAAAAUCAAAAGCAUGGGCAGAUCUUUAAAGAAUUAAUGCAGACCCCAAAUUUCAGGAUUACCGUGGUGGAUGACUGUGAUACAGUGGAGAUCUGCGGAGCCUUAAAAAACAUAGUAGCAGUAGGAGCUGGAUUCUGCGAUGGAUUGGACUUUGGCGAUAAUACUAAAGCAGCGGUCAUUCGUUUGGGCCUCAUGGAAAUGGUAGCCUUUGCAAAGCUGUUCUGCAGGGGUUCAGUAUCAAUAGCUACUUUUCUGGAGAGCUGCGGUGUUGCUGAUCUAAUCACUACAUGCUACGGGGGGCGCAACAGGAAAGUAGCUGAAGCCUUUGUGCGGACAGGAAAAUCUAUUGAGGAACUGGAAAAAGAGAUGCUGAAUGGACAAAAGCUACAAGGUCCUCAGACUUCAGCUGAAGUCUAUAAGAUGCUGAAACAGAAAAACAUGGUUGAUAAGUUUCCAUUGUUCUCAACUGUCUACCAGAUCUGCUAUGAGGGUAGGCUGGUCCAGGAAUUCAUCUCUUGUCUACAGAAUCAUCCACAACACAUGGUUAAAGCCAUCUAUGAAUGAACUGUGGUACUUUUAUAUUCCAACCUUCUGAGAAAACCAUGUACAUUAAGGAUGUAACCUACUUUUUGCACAAAAUUGCCUCUAUUUCAUUGACAUGCUAGGGCAUAAGUUAGUGUUUUAUAAAUUCUCUAUACAAAGACUAAGGUAAAAGAUUUUUACAUUAGAAAGAUUGCUUUCUUCCACAUUUUACAAGAACCCUGUUACAUCUCUGACAUGGAUUUGUUCAGAUUAAAAAUAUAGAACCAUGGGGGGGGGGGGGAACCACAAAAAUCUCCGCCUUAAAGAUGAUCAGGAAACAGCCACACAACUCCCAUCCAUUUCAAUGGGAAGCGUAUGCCUAAAUUCCCUAUGCUGCUUUGAAAGCCUCAACUUACGUCUUUUCGGGGUUGAAUGUAAAUAUGUCGCAUGAUUUUUAAAUGGAAAUUAUGAUCAUAGGUUUGAAGUUGUGGGCCCUUUCUUUGCUCUCCUUAGUCAGGCCAAACUCCAUUUGAAGUCAUUUUAUUAUUAUAGCGCGUUUUCAGGCUUAGACAAUGUAUAUCAAGUAUGAGUUCAUAUAAGUAUAAAGCAAUUUAACUCUGUUAAAUUUAUAAAUAUUUGCUGUAAUUUCGUUUUGCAAAGGCACAGUUAAAAUAAUUGACAAUUCUAAUAUAUAAAUUACUUUCUCUUUGUUUGUGUUUA